GUGUUUGGCCUCAAUGAACGACCAUGACGUGCCAAGACAUGUUAUGGCACAAAUGCCAAACUACCCUUUAGAGCGAUUAGCCUCCCUCGAACAUUCCAUGAAGAGCGCCGCAUUUUCUUGGACUGGAUGGCGAAAUUGUGAUGCUGCAAGGUUAUCUAUAUCGCGAUAUGGUGCCAGCGUCGAAAAUGCCGUGCCGACGCUGCAGCGAAAGCAUAUGCCUACUACACAUACGUUAACGCUUUAUUUCUGAUUCUUCGAAUCGAACUCAUCGUGGUCAAACUGCUUAGCUGAAUGCGGAGAUAAGACCGAGGUUUAGCGCUGGGAUAUGGCAUGCUUACUGUAUCAUAUGAUCGCCGAACGAUCUAAAUUCAGGUUGGCUACUCGUUCGCAGGACCACCGAGGAUUCGGACACCACCGAUGCUCAACGAUUGGUUCGACACGCCAAGGCCA